AUCCCUUUCAUCUUGCAUUCCCUUCUCUAUAAAUAGUCAACAAAAUCUUCUUUACACUCUCAAGUCUCAAAACACAUUACACUAAAAGAGAGAGUUACAUAUAUACACUUCAAAAUAAUCACAAUAACAUUCUAAUUAAUCAUUACCAUGACCAUAUCAAUGGUGUUGUGCAAUCCAUCAACACAACCAAUCAUAAAUGUUCCUUGCAAUGGUCCAAAACUGAUCAACGCUAAGCAGAAAGAGAAGGUGGUUUUGGUCAUGGGAGCAACCGGGACCGGAAAAUCACGGCUCUCCAUCGACCUUGGAACAUGUUUUCCAUCGGAAAUCAUCAACUCCGACAAAAUUCAAGCCUAUGAAGGACUAGAAAUAGCCACAAACAAGGUCACAAAGGAAGAACAACGAGGCGUGCCACAUCAUUUGUUAGGGAUACACAAUCCCUACUCUGAGUUCACGGCCAAUGAUUUCUGCGACAUGGCCUCGUUGGCCAUGGAAUCAAUCAUUGGCCGCGAACAACUCCCGAUCAUAGUCGGGGGGUCGAAUUCCUAUGUGGAAGCAUUAGUGGAAAGAUUUGGAUCAAGGUAUGAUUGGUUUUUUCUUUGGUUGGAUGUAUCAAUGCCAGUUCUUCAUUCCUAUGUAUCAAGAAGAGUGGAUGAGAUGGUUGAGAAGGGAAUGGUGAAUGAAUUAAGACCCUUUUUCAGUCCCAACGGGGAUUACACAAAAGGGAUAAGAAAGGCAAUUGGGGUGCCGGAAUUCGACAUGUUCUUUCGAAGUGAAGCGACAACAUGGGAUGAGAGAAGGAAGCAGAGGUUGUUUGAUGAGGCGAUCAGCGGAGUGAAGAAGAACACGUGCACAUUGGCGUGCAAGCAGUUUGAGAGGAUUGAGAGGCUUAGGAAUGUGAAGAGAUGGAACAUGCAGCGUGUGUGUGCCACAAGAGUGUUCGAAAUGCAUGGAAAUGGUGAUGAUGAUGAAGCAGAUGAAGCGUGGAGGAAGAUUGUGGCAGAGCCAAGUGCGAGAUUAGUGGCACAGUUUCUAUACAAUGAAGCCAUUAAUAAUAAUAAUAAUAAUUAUUCUGGGAUUAGUUCGCGUGCCAGGUUCUUCUAAGAUUAAGAGUGUAACAUGCAGAGUUGUGAAACGUUGACCACUUUUCUUUUGAGUUUUGAUUUUAGUGUGCCCUGUUUAAGU